CAAAACAACGAUAGACAUUGCACUGCCAUUUGCGACGAUGUUCAAGUCGAGGCUGCAGGAGCUCUGCCAGCAGAGGAAAUGGCGGUUGCCGGAGUACAACACCACCAAGGUUGGCCUCGACCACAUCCCUUGCUUCUCCGCCACCGUUACAAUCAAUGGCUUCGACUUCCACACAGUGGAUACCUUUAGAUCCUCCAAAGAAGCCCAAAACGACGCCGCUAAACACGCCUUCGACCACUUCUCUGAUCAUCCGCAACCCAAACCCAGGAAUCCCAUUCCCGUCCCUUCCUCUUUCCCUCAACCUUGUCUUCCCUCUUCCUCCUCCGCUUCCUUUUGCUCAGCACUUCCUUCGACCGCAGCCGCUGAUUCCAAUACUACACAUGAAGCACCACAAAUAGUGCAACUGAAGAUUCAAGAAACGCACCAGAUUCCUCAGCUGCCACUUCAGUUUAGUGGUAACAAAUCAGGAGCCACUCCUCUGGCGAAUGCCACCUUGUUGAAUAUACAACAUUUUCACAAGAAUCAACUGCAAACUUAUGCACAAAAGAGAAAUCUGCUUCCACCUGUGUACUCUUGUGAGCGGGAAGGUCCAGCUCAUAACAGUCGUUUCAAGUGUAGAGUAACUAUUGGUGGACAGACAUAUGAGGGUCAAGAGUUUCUUCCCACACUGAAGGAUGCUGAACAUGCAGCUGCAAAAGCUGCUUUAACGUCCAUUCUUCCAAAUGGAGUUCAAGAGGAUGAUUCUGGUUUAUUCAAAAACCUUUUACAAGAAUUGAUUCAAAAGGAAGGGUUUUCUAUACCAGUCUAUAGCUCAAGGAUGUCUGGUGACCUCAUGUGCCAGUUUUUGUUUCGUCAGUGGAGAUAGAAGGAGAAACUUUUAUGGGUCAAGAAGCAAGAAGCAAAAAGCAGGCAGAGUUGAGUGCAGCAAAGGUCGCUUACCAUACCUUGAGAGAGCGUAAAUCAAGUCAGCUACCUUUGGUCCCAUCCUGCGCUCGGGAAGGGCAAGAAGCUUCCGAGAUCUUAUCUUCAAGUUUCCAGUCAAACCCAGCUGCUGAACUACAUCCACAAGCCAGGCCUAACACACAUGAGAACAGUGUAAUUGCAGAAGGAAAACGUCAACGCUUGAUCACUGUAUCUUCAGGACCCUGCACUCCUACAUCAGUAGGUGGGGAAGGAUCUUCCUCUGAUGUUGUACAUGGCCGUGCGCAGGAGACGAACCACGGACCUAGCCCUGUGUCCCAAAAUGGCUCCGCUAAUUGCGUUAUGGACUCUUCUCUUGGGCCACCAGCUAAAAGGAGUGCGUACAACAAGGUCUCUGUUUAUUCACGCAAGUUAAAUAUUGAAUAUCCUGAAGGUACCACUAUGUUGCCCAUGAGCAAUGAAAAGUGGUUGUUUGCUCACACACAUGAAGGGAGAGGUUCAUUUAGGCUUGACUAAGACCUGAUUCAACUAGGUGAGACCCAUAUGCUAUGCUUUCAAAGUUAAGUGCUUAUAAUGUGAAGUUAUGUGCUUAUAAUAUGUUACGUUUCUCCGUGUAUGAACCCUACUUGAUACUCUUUUUCUAUAUACAAUAGCUGUUGCCUUUCUUGACUCG